GCUCCCGCUUGCCGAUCACAGGAGCAAGUUCUGUUCUACGACCUCGUCUUCGGUUAUAGCCACCUGACCUCGGCAUCUGCGCCUUGCUUAGCCGCAUCGAUCACGUAUCUUGCAGUCAGUGCUCCCAGGACAUUGAUCGACGCCUGCGCGGAACCUCGGGAACUGACCGCGAGGUAGAAGGCGCGGCCAUGUGGUUUUGCGCAGUUCAAGAUGAUGGUCCAGUGGUUUCCAUCAAAAAUGGCACCUUGCGGGGGCGGUACGUCACGGCGGACGGCACGGAAAAGGUGGUGCAGCAGUACCUGGGCAUCCCCUUCGCCCGCCCCCCGGUGGGGCCCCUGCGUCUGGCGGCCCCCCAGCCCCCAUUAGCGUGGGAGGGCGUGAGAGAUGCUACACAGCAGCCUGCCAUGUGUAUACAAAACCCCGCCAUCUUGGCGGAAAUUUCAAGAAUGCUCAACAUGAAUGUUUCUGAAUCACCUGUAUCAGAGGAUUGUUUGUACCUUAAUGUAUAUACCCCCAGUGACCGGUCUGCUGAAGAGAGAUUACCUGUGAUGGUCUGGAUCCACGGGGGCGGUCUGGCCUUCGGCGGGGCUGCGCAGGUUGACGGUUCAGCGCUGGCCGCCUACCAGCAUGUGGUCGUGGUUGUGAUCCAGUAUCGGCUUGGAAUCCUGGGGUUCUUGAGCACUGGAGAUGAGUAUGCCAGAGGCAACUGGGGCUUCCUGGACCAAAUUGCUGCCCUUCAGUGGGUCCAGGCGAACAUCGAGAGUUUCGGGGGAGACUCACAGUCCGUCACCAUAUUUGGAGAAUCUGCCGGGGGGAUCAGCGUAUCAUUGCUUGUCCUUUCACCAUUGUCAUCCGGCCUUUUCCACAAAGCGAUCUGCCAGAGUGGAGUGGCAACAGUGCAUAUCUUGUUCACCAACAGUCCACUGAUCCUCGCAAAGGCGGUGGCCAACUUGACUGCAUGUGACAGUGAUUCUACAGAACACCUGGUUCAGUGCAUGAGGCAGAAGACUGAGGAGGACAUCAUACAAGCUACCAAAGCGGCAUUUGCUUCUCCUGACUGGGAAGAGGGUAUGGACAAGCAGAAAGUCAAGUCUAUAUUAAAUCGGAUUUUUCAGGGAUGGGCUGCAGGUAUGGAUGAGCUAAUUGUCGCAGAAUACUUUCGAGAUGCUGACACACCGGAGAAAGUGCGAGACGUGUUCACUGAAAUACUGGGCGACCUCUUCAUGGUCUUUCCCACCAUCACAGUGGCUAAUUACCACAGAAAUGCAGGGGGGGCUGUAUAUUUGUACGAGUUCCAGCAUCCCCCGGCCGUUUUCAAAAACAUCAGGCCCAGCUUUGUCAAGGCCGACCAUGGUGAUGAUAUCUACUUCGUCUUCGGAGCUCCGUUCUGGAAUGGAGAGACUACAGGUUCAGAAAUCAGACACGUCACCGAAGAGGAAAAGGAGCUGUCAAAGAAGAUGAUGGCAUACUGGGCCAACUUUGCCCGCAGCGGUUCACCCAAUGGGCCAGGGCUUGUGGAGUGGCCAGUCUAUGGGGAAUCUGAAGAGUACCUUAACCUAGGUUUAGAACAAACAACAGGCCGGAAGCUGAAGCAGGAACAGAUGCACUUUUUCACUGUCAAACUUCCCCAGAAAUUAGCAGCGAGCCCCGCUGCAAACAUGAAACCUUGA